AUGGUCAAUGAAGGAAAUAAAGGAAGCUCAGUGAAUGAUUCUUUUAUGAAACCAGAAAGCAGUCGGCAGAAUAUAAUAAACUCGUUCGAGGGUCAGGUGCUUGCAAGAAGUGAGGGCCAGCAGAUGGAAGGAAGAGGGCUUUCAGACUUCUAUAGGAAUACAAGUGAGGAGUUGAUCCUGAGAUCUUUUAUGGAGAGCUCAGUUGCAACGCCUCUACCAACCAUGGAGAUGCUUGGUUUUAAGAAUUUGUCUCAAAACUUUCGUACAGAUAGCGAGGAGCUCUUCAAAAGCUGGCUCACAACUGGAGAGGCAAGCAGCCGUACCAAUUGCUACAACACAUCAAGCAUUGCACAUCGUACUCGACAAGGAUCACGGAGGAUAUCUACUGAAAUUGCUAGUUUGUCUGGUCAGCAACAUGUUGGUCUACUUCAAAAGAAAAGAAGCAACGAUUGUUUAUAUCCACAAAUUAAUGUCAUGCCUGACGAAAUGUCUGGUGACAACAAUCAAAAUUCAAUCAGGCAUGGUGUUGAAAGAGGAAUGCAGGCUAGUGAGUUAUAUUUGGCUAAGGCCUGGUUUCAUAGUUCUCAGCCUAUGACAAGAAGCCGAUCCUCUGAAUUACGGAGGAGGUAUGUUGCCAUGCAAAAUGCUCAAACUACAGUAGGUUUGGAAGGCCUGCAGACUGCUUCAGGGAAUUGCCUCAAUUUAGUUAAACAAGAAUUUGCAUUUUCAAAUGCUUUCAAUGAUCCUUCUGUUUGUGAGGUCACCAAUCAAUUGGGGACCUUCAUUUCUCCGUCCAAUUCAUCAUCAUCCACUUUCAACACCCCACAAAUGAGUGACAUGGAUAAAGUUUCUUCCGUGGUGAGCAUGCUAAAGGGUACAUUAGAGCGCAAAAAGCUUAGUAACCAGAUCGAAAAAGAAGGUGUAGAAGAUGACAGCUCCAAUGGACUUUUCUCAGCUCAAGAAAUUAUAGUCACAACUGGUUUUGAUCAAGGGCAAGGGGAUCGAAUUUAUGAAAUGGCAGGAACUUUUCAGGAAGUAUCCACUAUCCAAGUUAACGAUCAUAGAAUUACACAAAACGUUGAAGGAUCCCUGGAUCUUGAGAUGGAAGGUUUUGUAAAUCCCAGAAACCCCAACCCCUUAAGCAGAAACUCUCAAGAACCUUCCCAAAGUGAAUCAUCUGCUGCUGCACCAGUAGUUUCAUCUGGCUUUGAUGCGUGUGAUGGUCCCAGCAAUUCAAGUCAAACACUGAGCAUUUGCGAAAGUUCAAUGAAACGAGCUGGAAAUAGGAGUUCAGAAAACGGCUCUAAAUCUAAAGAUUUCAGAGAACGGAUAAUUGGAAAUUUGAAAGAUGAUAAAAAGAGGGGGGAGCGUUUAGAUCGAUAUGGAUCUAUGACAUCAGCUGUUUCGGUCGACAAGGAGGAUGCUACGAAAAAACGCAGGGUGGAGAGGUCACGCAAAAUGGCAGAGGCAAAGGAAAGGAAUUCAACUCCAGUAAUUCCAUCAGAUAUACAAUCUGUCUUGAAGCGGUGUGAAAAUCUUGAAAAGGAAGUGCGAUCCCUCAAACUUAACUUGUCCUUCAUGAAUAGGAAGGAUUCUGAGCAAACUAAGCAGAUAGAGGAGCUGCAGAAGGAAAAUGAAGACCUCACAGAUGAAAAAGAGCGACUCCUAGAGGAGAUAGAGAGGAUCCUUUCAGAAACUGGCAAGAUUUGAAAGUCCAUCCUAGUUUUGCUAACUGGAUUUCCCUCCUCUUCAGGAUCCUGAGAAUUUUGAAAAAGUUCAAUUGGGGUAUGUGUAGAAGAUCCAUGAUCCCACCCUGAUUACAAUGAACACAGACAAAUGUAAUGCUUGAUGCACACGUAAAGCAUGGUUUGGUUUAUUUUCUGAACUAAAGUUUGUGAAUGUCAAUCUGUAAGUU